UCCACGAAUGACGGAAGUCGUCACUGCUCGUCAAUUGCAAAUAUUCUGACUAUUAGGUGUUUUGGUAGCUCUCUGUGUUAAAUGUACGACAUAGUAAAUUAAAUUGACCUCAAUAAUAAGCUGGCUUAGUGUGCAGUCAGUUUGUACUGUUAAUUCGCUUAUCAGUCUGAAGGCUCGCCGGAAAUGACUUUUACUGGUUAAAGAUAUCACAUCCGACCUGUGCAUCAUGAGGAUGGAUCGGCGAGUAUUAGUGAUAUAACAGCAUACUCUCACUGCUGGAGACGUGGUUUUGCGGGGACUGACGUUGUAAGGGGGAACGCAAUAUAGUUCCUUGAAAGAUGUUGUCCAAUCUUCCGGCUGAACAGAAAGGGACCGAGCAGGUGCCUGCAUCUGCAGCUGGUCCGUGCCAUCGUGCUCCUCAGUCUUUGCUGUAUCAGGAGCAGCUGGCUAAAGGAUGCAGAGAAACCAGCAGGGAGGAGAUUGAAUCUGGUGACAGACCACAGCCCUCAGACUUUGAGAACGGAAUGAAGGAAGUUCGUCUGGGGAAUGAAGGAGCUCUGAGACAGAUGACGUUUGAUCCGAAAAGUAGUAACUCUGGAGUCGAUCCUAGUGCGAUUUGCAUACACAUGUGUACUCAGCAAGAGGGCAAGUUCAGGGAUCCACGACCAGCUGGACCAUCAGGAGAGCAGCUUGGAGCUCUUGAACGAUUUCUUGUGUCCCAUCAAACUGAGAUGAAACGUCUGCUGACUGAUACCUUCGGAUCUCUGACCCAACGUCUUGAGGCAGUGGAGAGGAGGAUGGACCAGCUGUGUUCACAAAGCAGUGCACAUACCCGCAGUUUAGCUCAGCUGCACAGUAAAGUUGGCCAGCUGGGAAGAGACUUGUCCUUUUGCCGUCCAAAUACUUCAAGUGUUUCAUCAGCUUACAGUUUUGGAGUAGACGCAGAAGUGCCAAAAGACAACAAAGGAAUCAUCUCAAAUGCCUCCUCUUGUAGGCCACAAUCUCUUUAUAGAUCACCUGAAUCAAAAAAGGACCCUGUGUGUUCAUGGGCAAUGUCAACCCCUGCUCAUAAGCCUGAGGACCUAAGCUGUGAGGGUCUUGGUAGGAAUUGCAGUGGCUCCAGUUCAUCAUGUGGAAACCUAAAAACAUACUCUUCUGGACAAACUGACAAUUGUUUGCAGGGUAACUACUCACCCGUUUCAGAUUUUGAAGACCUGGAAAUGGAACUGGAAGCUGAGAAGGACAGAGUCGCCUUAAGCUUAUUGGUCGAUUCUGUGCUCAGCUGCUCAGAUGACAAUGACAGCCGAGGACUUUCUUGCAAACAGGAAGCCCUGUCCUCUGAUAGUGAUGAUAAAUCUGGUCAGGAAGGAGAAGAAAUCUUGAAAAAUCAGCGUUUACAUGUUCCUGAACACCCCCGGGUGCCUUCCGUUCAGUUUUUCAAAUCUUCAGCUCCUAGUGUCGCAAAGUCACACACAAAUACAGAUCCUAUUUUUUCGUUUUCAAAAGAAACAAAUCCAAAGCCCUCUGGAAAACCAGAAGCCUUGACAAAUUCCAGUAAAGACGAGAGUGAAAAUAGUCAGCAGCAGUCCUUUAGUCGAAUUGCCUUCCCUUUCUCCACUAAUCCACUUGGAGCACUACCCAACCCUGAGAAACCCAAGGGUUGUUCGGUUCUCUUUCAGACUUCUAACAAGAAAGAAGAUGAGAUCUUGCACAAGAUUGAAAUUAAUGGUGUUUUUCACUCUACCACUACCUCAUUGAGUAAUAGUACUUCAGUCUUGGUUCAUAUCCCAACGUCAAGGGAUGUAGAUGGGCUGACAUGGACAAACGCUGGAGAUUGUGUAGAGAGCACAAAGAUAAGUAGUAAAGAACAAACCAUUGAUUGUCAGUUACCAUACUCAAAGGACAGUCCUUUAAAAUUCUCUUUUCAAGGGUCAUCAAUCCUUCCAUACUGUAAACUUCCUUUACCAAACCAAUUGGUAAAAGGUGUAGGUGACCACAAGUCACUAGGUUCGCUUUUGACAUUUCAUCAAGCACACUCCAGUUCCCAUCUCUUGGGCUCAAGAAAUGGGUCCUCCAAACCAUUUUUAGACAGUGAUACUAACAAACUGUUAAAUAAGCUCUCGAAUACUGCCCACCGCUUGGUAUCCAGAAGCUGUUCCUCAAAUGACUUGGACAGACGGACUGGUUACUGCAGAACUGGAUCCAAGCUCAAACACUGUGGUGGAAAGACACAUCACCUUCGUGGAUUUAGAGAAGUUGGAGAAACCCUUUCUUUGUCCUUUCUUGAGCAGGGGGGAGAGAUAUCCAACCAUUGGCAGCCAGUUCUUGAGGACUCAAUACUUCCUGUUUCUUCUUGGUUGACUGGUACACUAGCUUUUCCUUCAAAUGCUUUACCUAUCAAGCUGGAUAAAGACUCUGCAUGUUGUCCUAGCUUAUCUCAACUUUUUCGGCCUACCACUCCACCUUUGUCUCCUUUAAGCAAAGGGAGCUUCUCUUGGGCAGGUGUUAGUACCGUCCUGGCUUUAUCUUCUCCAACAUCCUUCAGACUGUGGUUUCGACACAGAAGGUUCAACUUUCCUCUUAUGCAGUUGUCACGUCCUGGUAUCCACACGGUUGUGAGUCGGAUUUUGGGGCAGUGCAGGUGUCAUCCUUUUCGACCUCUGGUUGACUUCUCAGCCCCACCAGGCGUAGACAACGAUCAUCACUAUACACGACGAUCCAGUCAAGAAGCUACACCCAGCAGGAAAAGAGCUUCAGCACGGAAGGCCAUCUCAUCUUCACCAGUGUGUCAUCUGUCAAAAAUUCGUCUCACACCAGAAAGGUGUCUGGAUCACCCCUCACGGCACAACAUCAGCCCCAAGUCGGUGCGAUUGGAUGGAUCCCCUACUGAAUCUGUGCCUAGUUUUGCUAUUGUCAGUGCAAAUGUCAAAUACCCUGGUUUGCAUAGUCGGGGGGCAUCUAGAGAAAUGAAACAGGUGGGACUCUACGAUACUAAUGCUGAAGCUCAAGCAGGUCAGCGUUCCAAAAGGGUCUCCCAAAUUCGUAUUCGUAAGACAGUUCCCAAACCAGAUAACAACCUUACUCCAAUGGGACUCCCCAAACCAAAAAGGCUGAAGAAAAAGGAAUUCAGUUUGGAGGAGAUUUAUACCAAUAAGAAUUACAAGUCUCCAGUACCUAACAGAAGUCUGGAGACGAUAUUUGAAGAACCGAAAGAGAAGAACGGCUCUCUGAUCUGCAUCGGUCAUCAGAAACGAAAGCGAGUUCUAGACUUCCCAGAUUUCACGCUACCUCGGAAACGCAAGGCUAAAACUAACCUGGGUCCGCUGCGUGCAAAGGGGCCGCGAGGAAGAGCUCGUAGGGGUAGACAGGAUGAUGCUGAUCUUGACGUAAUGCUGAUUGAGAGACUCACAGAACUGGAAGACUACUUUUCUCGCCAAGGCCUGGAGGUUUAAGCUCAGAUUUUCACAAAUCUGUUCCCAAUAAGUUACCAAAAGUGUUGGUUUAAAUCUUAUUGCCAGGCAUGGAAAAAAUUGGAGCUUUACACAUUGUUGUACACGGAACGAUUAGCAAUAGAUGGAAAUGAACAUAUUCUUGUAGCAGUUACAGUUGAGACUGCACAAUGAAGUGCACUGACCCAAAAGAUAUUUGAAUAAUGAGUGUGUGUGUGUGUGUGUGUGUAUAAAUAAUACAAGCACAUUAUAGUAAACCUUCACUUGAGCACUUUCCGUUUCCUCACAAUGUGACUGCUGCAACUUAGUUGUGUUUCGCUUGCAUUUGCGACAUGUGGCUAACCAAGAUGUUCCUUACUGUCAUUUUCUGGCAAAAAAAAAGAAAUGAGUGUGGGAAUGACGAUUAAUGAUCCUUUGGUUUAUGCCCUUCAUGGUCUCAGAAACAAGAAGGUGCUCACCUUAGACUACUUAUGACCUAUGAAAUUGGCAGCUUAAAGGAUUAGUUCACUUCAGAAUUUCCUGAUAAUUUACUCACCCCCAUGUCAUCCAAGAUGUUUAUGUCUUUCUUUCUUAAGUUGAAAAGUAAUUAUGGUUUUUGAGGAAAACAUUCCAGGGUUUUUCUCCAAAUAGUGGACUUCAAUGGCUACCAAUGGAUUGAAGGUCCAAAUUGCAGUUUUAGUGCAGCUUCAAAGGGUUCUACACAAUCCCAGCCCAGUGAAACAAUUGGUCAUUUUCUAAAAAAAAAAAAAAAAAAAAAAAAUUGAUAUACUUUUUAACCACAAAUGCUUCUCUUGCACUAGUUCUGUGACGCGCCAUGCAUUACAUAAUCACGUUGGAAAGGUCACGCGUGACGUAGAUGGAAGUACCACGGUAGGGCGAAAAAGUCUAAUUUUCUCCUCCAACUUCAAAAUUGUCCUACAUUGUUGUUUUACCUUUUUUUGUAAAGGCCUUUUGACUUAGUCUUUGCAUGUUCACUUUGUAAAAACCUGCUUGGUACUUCCGCCUACGUCACACAACAUGAUUACAUAAUCUGUGGCGCAGAGCAGUGCAAUACGAGCAUUUGUGGUUAAAAAGUAUAGAAUUUUUUAUUAUUUUUUUUAGAAAAUGGCGAUCGUUUGGUUAGAUAAGACCCUUAUUCCUCAGCUGGGAUCGUGUAGAGCCCUUUGAAGCUGCACUGAAAUUGCAUUUUGGACCUUCAACCCCUUGGUAGCCGUUGAAGUCCACUAUAUGGAGAAAAAUCCUGGAAUGUUUUCCUCAAAAACCUUAAUUUCUUUUCGACUGAAGAAAGACAAACAUCUUGGAUGACAUGGGGCUGAGUAAAUUAUCAGGAAAUUAAUUCUAAAGUGAACUAAUCCUUUAAAGGGAUAGUUCACCCAAAAAUAAAAAUUGUCAUCCCCUCAAGUUGUUCCAAACCGGUAUGAAUUUCUUUCUUCUGUUGAACUCAAAAUGAGAUAUUUUAAAGUAUGCUGGUAAUCAAACAGUUGACGGUAGCCAUUGACUUCUAUAGUAGGAAAACAAUACUAUGGAAGUCAGUGGCUACGGUUAACUGUCUGGUUACCAAAAUUCUUCAAAAUGUCUUCUUUAGUGUUCAACAGAUGAAAUUCAUAAAGGUUUGGAACAAUUUGAAGGUGAGCAAAUGAUGACAGAGUUUUCAUUUUUGGGUGAACUAUCCCUUUCAAUUUUAUCAUUACACUACUGUUUUUUUUUUUUCCCCAUCUGGACAAAUUUCUCUGUCUAGAUAAAAUUCUGAGCGAUUUGCUGCCAAAAACAAGACUACAAAAUAUUUACCAGGCAUAGUGCAGUGAUUGAUAACUAUAUUCUUGUGAGACGUUUUAAUGUAUUUCACCAUAGAAAUAUUAAACUUUGUUGUUGUUCUUGCUGGGCUGUCAUGAAUAAGCCAUGGCUUUCCCCUCAGCCUUUUCACCUUUAGCUGCUAGACUGUUUAAACUUUUCCGCCUGUUCUUCAGCUAUUUGGCGUUGGUUUGAGCAAAAUGAAAAUUCUGUCAUUUACUCACCCUUCACGUUAUCCAAAACCUGUUUGACUGACUGACUGACUUUCUUCAGAAUACAAAAAGAAGAUAAAAAUUAGUCUUUUUUAUUUUUGGCCAUAUAAUGAAAGUUAAUGGAAUCCAAUGUUGUUUUAAACCCCAUUGACUUUUAUUGACAAUGCAGUAUUGUUUAACAUUUUGUGUUCCACAGAAGAAAGUCAAACAGGUUUGGAAUGAUACGAGAGGGACGAAAUUAUGUCAAAAUGUGAGAAAAUGUUUUUGAGUCCCUUUAAAGGUUUUUCCAUUUAUCCCAUAUACUAUAUAGCCAAGAGAACAUGCUGACACCUCAAAAACAGGGUAGACAAGCCUUUGGUUUGUGUUGGUUUGUGACAAAAACUCCAUUGCUCUAAUGUUAACUGUGAAAAUGCUUUUAUUCAUCACAAACUUUUGGAUUAGACUUAUCCAAAACAGAGCCAAGUUGUGAUAUGUAAUACAUGUUUGUUGUGAAUAUAUGCUUCUUAUUUGCAGGCUUAAUAUCUGGUUGAAAUUCACUUCUCUGACCUGACAUUUACUGGAUGUUAUAUGCAGCUAAUAAAGUGGUGAUCUGGCCAGAUUGGACAGAUUUUUUUUAGUUUUAGUUUUAUCAUUCCAUUGUGAGAUAUACUGCCACAACUUUAUUCUUAUUUUUUGAGGAUGAAAGCAAGGCAACAUACUUUUUUCUUUCUUUUUUUUUUUUUUGGUGUGGUGUUGUCAUAUUUUUAGUGUUUAUUUAAUUCUUUUGGAAAGCUUUUAUAAUCAAUCGUAAUGUAGCUUUGGACCUAAUUAAUUACCUAUAGUCGGUUUGCACUUCACCCCCAAAGAAUCUGCGCCUUUGCCUAACAAGCAUCUCUGUGCCAGUUUGUGAUGGAAAUGUGGUUCCAGCUUACAACCUAUAGACAUUUAUUGUCUUUUAUCUCUUUGAAAUUUUCAUAUUGUACUUGCAGGCCCAAUUUAAAAUAAUAAGGCUGAUGUGUGUUUUGCUCAAUUAUGCAGUGGAACCAGCUGUUUUUUUUUUUUUUUUGUUUGUUUGUUUUUUUCAAGAUGGAAAUAUUUUUUAUUUGUAUUGAUUUUUAUUUCCAUACUAAACUUGCUGUGUUACAGAUACUGUUACUGUUGUGUUUCUCUUUGAGCCCACCAACAGACCAACACUAAGUAUUGCUUGAGUGCUGUCAAUCAGUGUGAUUUUAUAUAUAUAUUUUAUGAAUAAAAUAGUGUUAACUAAGA